CAAUCCCAAUCAAGCAAAAUCACCAAAGCCAAAACGCCCAGCGCAGAAAACCCCUUCAAAUCACCUCUUUUUCUCUCCCGUCUAAGCAGAAAACCACCAUCAAAAUGCCCAACGAGUCCAAGGCCGAGAAGAUCGAGAGGGUCAAGGCCAACCUUCCCCUUCCCGAGGAGCCCCCCGUCGCCCCCGACUGGCAAUCCGCCGACUCCCGCACCGUCGACGUCGGCAGCGGCCGCUUCUCUGGCGAUGUUUCCAAGGGCGAGGGCGCCUCCGCUGGCCUCCGUGAGCCCGCGUCUACCGACACGACCAAUGUCGACUUUUCCAAGGUUGGCAAGGACGAGGCGCAGUACGUUGGCAAGGGCCAGAAGGAGUCGUCUUCGUAAAGACAUCAACACCAGAAAAAGGACUUUGAUUUGAACAUCAUCAGCACCACCUCUGGGAGGAAUAGAAGUUUAUAGAAGAGCAUUAUGAUGACGAUGUGGCGGAUGGACGGGGAAGAAUCACUCUGGAAGGAAUUCACGGACACCGGCGGAUAUUCAUCAUUGCACUACAUGGCGUUUGUUGGGGAUUUGAGAAAUUUACGGUUACGAACGACGACAUGACCUAGGAUUAGGAUAGAAUUGGGUAACGACACGCCUCUGGAAACGGGGUGGUCUACCCGUUUGAAUGCGAAUGCAUUUACACAAA